UGCACUACAUGUUGCAGACUGAAUAUCGUGUUUCUUAAAUUUCUGGAAAAAAACACAUUAAUGAUAAAAUCGAUAGCACGGAAUUGCGAGAUCACAAAAUCAUUUUCAUUCCGUAACAGGUUGGAGAAAGGAGAGGAAUUGAAAUGCAGAUGGCUUUCAAAAAGACUGGUGUGCUUCUUAUGCUAUGUGUGUUGGUAGCAGUCGUCAACGCGAAAAAAGAUGUCAAUUGUAAAAAUGGAGAAACAUUUCCCCAUGAAAAAGACUGUCGUAAAUACUACGUGUGUGAUCACGGCAUGAACGUGACAAUGCAGUGCCCAUUGGGAACGGCAUGGCACAAGGACAAUGUCACCUGUGUUCAUACGGAGGACGUGGGAUGCAAAUUUCAUAUUCCGAAAGCUAAAUCAGGUUCCGGGAAUUUUACAUGCCCUGCAAAGUUUGGUAACUAUCCCAAUCCAAAAGACUGCACUAAGUUCUAUGUCUGUACCUGGGGACGUGUAGAGAUCAAGCAGUGCCCGCCAAGUACAGGAUGGGACCCGAAGCUUCAAUACUGUAACUUCAAAGACAAGUUGCCAGGUUGUAAAUGAAAUGUCCUGUAAAUUGUAUUCAAUAAAAUGAAUUGAUUAUGGAAUUGCA